AGAGAGGAAGGGAAAAUGUCGCUGACUCCGACGCGGACCGUUCUAGGAUCAGUGUCGUUUUAGGAAAAAAACAGACGCCAAACUGAGGUGAGUGGCUGAAGGGCUCUUGAGUCCCAUGAUGGGCACAUGGAGAGGAGAGUGUAUGGGAGACAGUGUAAGAUUCAAGAAGAUUGGAGAGAGUCAAACUGCGGCUACCAUCAUGUGUGACGAUGAAGUGAAAACUGGUCACAGUCUCAGCAUGGGAUGUUUUCUGUAGACAAUAGAGGGUCAGUUUACCUUUUCUUUUUAUCUGUUCAGUUUUAAACCAUAACCUUUUAAGACCAGAGGGGUGUACUAUAACACUACAUGGGCCUCUGGGGAAACCUGAUCUGAUAAUUAAAGCCUCUUCAACGCCCUUACUUAGCUAAAGGGAUACAGUGUCAGGGCCAGUGAAGAGAUGGACCCAUCUGCUCGGAUGGUGGGUCUGGAUGCCCAGGGAAACAUGGUGUUCACUGUGGUCAAACCAGUCAUGAGCAUCUUUCAGGUGGCCUCAGAGCAAACUGGUACUGUGGGACAGGGAGACAUCGGGCUCCAAGAUUUAGCUGAAAAUACUAUGAUACUCCCUCAAACACAAGGACAGGCCACACUCGACCACAACGAGGUGGAAAUGCACACCAUGCAGCCUCAUAUGCCACCACAGAUGCAGGUUCCUCCUCCUCCAGUCCCUACAGAGGACAUGUCCCAGAAUCAGGACCCUCUUCAGAACUCAAGUACAAAUUCAGCUGCAGAAUCCACAACACAGAUGCCAUUUGCAGAGGUGUCGUCACUCCUCGACCCCAAUAUGAAAGGAUCCAAAGCUCGGAAGUAUCUCAUCUCAUAUGAGGAAAUUAAACGGCGCCUUGAGGCCCCCGAGAAGAUGUCCCUGCGGUCUUUGGCAGCCUACACUAGGGUUAGCAGAGGUCCAGCCAGCAAGAAAACUCUUCUAGAGUCUUUGAAUGUCCUGGGCCUCACACCAAGCACAACUACCUCUGUAUCCUCAUCCUUCUCCAAACUCACUGAAGGUGACACCAGGGCUUUGUGUGAUGAUAUGAAGGAUUUCUCCCAUGACUACAUUGACUACAGCAACAUGGCAAAACAACUCAUUCCAGAGAUAAAUACAGUUCAACACUGGUCCAAAAUUAUUGAAACAAAAAACCACCUUGAAGAUAUGAGAAAAUGUUUUAAGGAUCCUGUCAACAGUGGUGCGUUCGAUAACGUCACUCAUGGCCUUGGACUGGGUAUGCUGGAUGUAGCAUUGGAUAUGAUUAUCAUGGUGAUUGAACAGCAGAUUCGCAUCCUGUCAGGCGCUGCAGCUUCAGAUCCAACUGACUCUGCUUUACCGAUGAGGCGCAUCCGCAGGCGCCACCGCAAAUCACGUACCACGGACAGCGAGAAGAUUCCAAAGGCACCCGGUAUAGUCAAAGAACAUGGGAAGAUCAUCUCAAAGGCUAAGGGACGAGGCCGAGGGAGGAAGAAAGUGCGAGCAGAAGCUGGAGCCGCCGUUCCUGCAGAAACGCAAGCAGAGCCGUGCAAAGCAGACGAUGUGGAGAGCAACGUCCUCACAUUGGUCUCUGUUGGAUAUGAGACUGUUUCUAGUGGACUCAGUUCUACAGGAAAUGUUUAAAUGACUGGUCACGUGAAAGGAUCAUGCUCAGGACUAAAAUUGAGGUUUUGCAACAGCUCUGAAGAACCAAUAAAGGUUACUGUACAUUCAGGAAUACUUUAUACUAAGGAUAAUGCAUAUUCACCAUUCACUUUUAGAGUAUUUACAUCCAUAUUAUUAACAUGUUGGCUCUUAGUCAUUAGAGAACAAUACUUAUAUAGUUAAGUAGAGAAGUUGUUGUAUGUGAGUCAUCUCAUAAUUUGAGAAAGAGUGUUCUUUUGGCUCUACUAGUGUAUCAGGCCUUUACUAUAUAUUAAGACUGUAAUUCAUUUGUAAUAGUUUCUAUUUGUUUCUGACAGUAGUUGUAGAAUACGUUUCAACAGAAUAGGGCAUGAAUAACUGCUUUAUAAUGACUAAUAAGGAGCCAGUGUGAUACUAAGAUGGAGGAUAAUAAGUAACCAAUUGAUGUUGAAUAUGAGUUCCUUAAUAUAAAGUGUUAUUAUACGGUCAAAUGGGAACUUAAAUGUGUCGCACAGGCUCUAUGUGAAUUGUAAGUGACUUUUAUGAGCUCACACAAGUAACACACAGCGACACAUCCUGUAGUCUACCUACACAGAGUUGUAUUUUGUUGUAAAUCAAGACAUUUUAUUUUUUCAUUGUAUAUUUUCAGUGAGCAGACACCUUCCCCAUUAGUGUACGUAUUGUUUUCCUGAGAAACUGCUUUUCAUGUGCACACCAACAUGUAGGAAAAAUACUAUUGAAUAAUAACUAGAUUAUGUUUCUACUAGGCAGGGUUUGUGGUGUCUUUGUUUUCUUUAUUUUUUUAGAAUUACAGGUGAAAAAUCUGUCAUUGUGUUUUAUUUUUACUGAGACCCCAACACUGAGUAAAUUUAGAAAGUUUACUU